CCCAAGCAACCGAGUCGCUCUGGGAGCUGUGUCGGCUAGCGCUUUGCUCCCUCCACACCGCAGAGCUGGCGGCCCAAGGGGAAUCGCGGAGUCAAGAAAGUUUCUCCGACCUCUCUCCAGCAAAUGGUGAAUGUAUAAGAACAUCUUCUGGAAUUUAUGAGAGAAAUGGAGUAGGUAUUCAUACCACUCCUAAUGGGAUUGUCUACACAGGAAACUGGAAAGAUGACAAGAUGAAUGGUUUUGGAAAACUUGAGCAUUUUUCAGGAGCAGUAUAUGAAGGACAAUUUAAGGACAAUAUGUUUCAUGGAUUAGGAACUUACACAUUCCCAACUGGGGCAAAGUACACUGGAAAUUUCAAUGAAAAUAGGGUUGAAGGUGAAGGGGAAUAUACCGAUAUCUAUGGACUAGAAUGGAGUGGUAACUUCCAUUUCACAGCCGCUCCAGGCCUGAGACUAAAGUUCCAAAUGUAGAUGUUCUGCUCUGAAGUUUAAAUGUGGCAAUUGAAGCUUUUAGUUGAGGAAGAUAGAUGGACUCAGGGGUUAAGAACCAGAGGAUAACAAGGAUAUGUUUUCUCAGAAGGGCCUAACUGCUAAAAAUCAUCUUAAGACUCUGCACAAACAACACAGAGAUACCCAGAUCUAGGAAAGCAGGAUGAUUAAGACCGGAGCCCAUGGACCAUAAAUUCUGUAAAACAAGUUCCAAUUAGCACUUGCCAGCAGGGCCAGGAUGACUGAGAGUUGCCCUUAGAUUGUUAACAUAGCUUUAUGAUAUCAUUGUAACUGUAGUUUUUCUUCCCUGGGUUUCAGUUAGAUACCUACAGAUAAAAGCAUAUGCAGUAGAGGUUUAGGAAUGUAAUCUGUCAAUCCAGAGCCAAGAGGUGAUACUUAAGCAAAAUCUUCUAACAACUUCUCUACUCCAAUAAAACUAAAUCACAAAGAAGUGAAUUGUAGAUCUCUUUGAGACAACCCACUGUCUUCCUUGGGGAUGGCUUUUAUCUUAAUAAACGUUGCUAUACUUUCA